AUGAAGUAUCUCGCAACCCUCUGUGUCGCCGCCCUCGUGGCCGGUGUCAACUCCGCCGCCAUCGCCGCUGCCGAGCCAUUCUGCUGGCGCCUCGGCCAGCCCUGCGACAAAGUCAAGCGAGCCGCCGAAGCCUUCGCCGAAGCCUUCGACGAGCCCAUUGCCGAAGCCGAAGCAUUCGACGAGCCCAUUGCCGAAGCCGAAGCUUCCGCCUUCUGCUGGCGUCCAGGCCAGAUAUGCGAAAAGGCCAAGCGCGCUGCUCUGGCUCUCGCCCAUACCGUCGCUGAUGCCAACCCCGAGGCCGAGGCCUUCUUUGACAAGCUCGCCAUCGACGAGGCGUUCCCAGAGCCGGAGGCUGUCGCUGAUGCUGAAAUCGCCGACAAAGUCAAGCGCGAGGCUGAGGCAGAGGCUUUCUGCUGGCGUCCAGGGCAGCCAUGUGGCAAGGUCAAGCGCGCGGCUGAUGCUAUUGCUUCUGCCCUCGCCGAGCCCGCCCCCGAGCCAUUCUGCCAGCGUCCUGGUCAGCUAUGCGGCAAAGUCAAGCGUGAUGCUGAGGCCGUUGCUGAGGCUUUCUGCUGGCGCCCCGGGCAGCCAUGCGGCAAGGCCAAGCGUGAGGCAAAUGCCCUUGCGGAGGCUGCUGCAGAGGCUCUUGAGUUCGGCGGUUUGGAAAAGGAACAGAAUUCCAAGAGAAUUUUUCGGCCGCCUCAUUACACCACUACUGCUAUUUUCCCCACCGAUCCACGGCUAUUUCAUCAUUUUCAUGAAGAGCAGCCUUACGACUGCCGCAAAGUCGACCCCAACUGCGUGACCGUUGAAGCUUGAUCUUCCACUCAUACCGUAAACCUACGGAUAUAUUUUCGCAGUCUCAUGCGCAAGGUCGUUUUAUUUCUUUCGCUCCAUCAUCCGCCGCGCCAGGCUUCUGAUGCUUAAUUGAGGGAGCGUGUGCAUGUCGGCCCAAACCUCGAAAUUAAAGUGGCUGACUUUAUUAUACAUGGGUGGCCUCGCAAGAGCACGCUAAUUGUUGGUUUAACUUGUAGUAAACUGUUUUUUUAGUAUUGGGACGCAAAAUUCUGUUAUCUAAAGAGCCAUAUACAUGGGCAUAUAGAUUGAAGUCUAUAAUUGACCUGCCUGGCUCCAUUGCUCUUUUCUUCUCAAGUUGAAAAUGAUAAUUGUGAACUGUGACUAUUUUGACAUAAACGAAUAAAUAAGCUUACCUUGGUGUGGAUGUUUAAAUUGAUGCUUAUUAUUUUAUAUGAUUUACUCUCACUUUUCUCUCCGUUAUCACAUUUCUCGAGAAAUGUGGAUUGCCUUCAAAAAUGGACGAAAGGAACGUUGCUGCGCUAAGAAAUUUACGCCAAGGAGUUUACGACAGACGCCGACCCCAACACGUGACGAUUUCUCCAACUACUAAGCGACUGCGGGAUAUCCAAAGGCUGUAACUACUUUUCACGCGGUCA